AUGUUCAAUACAAAUUUUAAUGCUUAUUUUGUACCCCAUCAGCUAGUUUAUCCAUAUGGGUAUCAAUAUUUGAUAAUGCCUUAACCAUUUUCUGUUCCAAAUCCACUACAUUACAAUAUUUAGACAUAGACUCAAAAUUAAGAGAAUAAAUCAUCUGAGGAACCUAAUCCCCAUAUAGAAGAUAUCCAAAAGAUAACUUACUCAGAAACUGAAAGCAAACCUGAAUUAACAAGCAAUCAAGAAGAAAUUAGAGAUACACAGAUUCAAAAUAAGAUCAUUAAGAAUAUCCUCACAAAAAAGUCUUAAAAACCAAACUUCCUGGUCAAGUCUACAAAUAUCCAAAAAAAUUAUGCAAAAGCUAUUGUAUCUUUUGCCUGUAGAUAAAAACAUCUCAUUUGCUCUAUUUUGGGAGAAACCAGAGCUCAGGAGUUCCUAAAAUUGAUGAACCGAUUGAGAAACAAACUAAGGAAUAUAGCCCAUAUUAAAAGAUAUACCCAUCAUCAAGAUUUUUUGAUGAUGUUUAGAAUUUUAGGUAAUAAUUUUUUGAGAAAUGACUCUGUCAGUUAUAUAUAUAACUCCAAAAUUCAGUAAAAGAGCUGUCAUGUGGCUAAUAAGACUAUAGUUAGGAAUUCUCUACUCAAGUAUUGA